CCUCUUUGGUUAAAGUUUUAACUCCCCCCCUUCAUCAUUAUCAACUGCUCAGAAUUUCACACCAUCUUCUAUUGCUACCAACCUUCAUUAUUCAUCAUAGUUCAAGCAGCUUAAACCAAAGCUAGCUUCCCUUUCAUCCUCAGAUUUGGUGACCCAAAGCAACAUCUUGUAGUUGGUCACCAUCUCUGUUCUGUUUAUCCCCUGUCUUUCUCACAUUCACAGCAAGCACAGCCCUUUUUGUACUCCAUGAGCUUGUAGAACCCAGCAUGCUAUGCCAGUUCAAGAAACCAUGAUGAGCUCCAAAACACAAAAGCUUUGUUUCUGGUGGAGGCUUGUUUCCCUUUUGAUUCUUGCAGUGCCCUCAUUGUCUCUCAACUCAGAUGGAGUGUUCUUGCUUGCUUUCAAGUACGCCAUCCUCAGUGAUCCACUUUCAGUCUUGGAGAGCUGGAACUAUGAGGAUGAGACACCUUGUUCAUGGAGUGGAGUCACAUGCACCCAGCUUGGGAACCCAGGAACCAGUGACAUGUUCAGAGUCACAAGCUUGGUCCUCCCAAAUAGUCAGCUUCUGGGUUCCAUAGCUGAAGAGUUGGGAUUGCUUGAGCACCUUGCCCAUCUUGAUCUUUCCAACAAUUUCUUUAAUGGGUCUCUGCCUAAAACUGUUCUCAAUGCCUCUGAACUUCAGGUGCUUUCUCUCUCGAACAAUGUCAUCUCCGGUGAGCUUCCUGAGUCCAUUGGUGAUCUCAAAAGCCUUCAGCUUCUCAACAUCUCUGACAAUGCUCUGGCCGGAAAAGUCCCUCAAAAUCUCACUUCUCUGCAGAACCUCACUGUAGUUUCUCUGAGAAGCAACUACUUCGCUGGUAAUGUUCCAACCGGGUUUAACUCCGUUGAGGUUUUAGAUCUCUCUUCAAAUCUUCUCAAUGGUUCUCUGCCUCUCGACUUCGGUGGAAACAAUUUCCGCUAUUUAAACCUCUCUUACAACAAGAUUGGAGGAAAGAUACCGUCAGAAUUUGCAGAGCAUAUCUCAGUAAACUCAACCAUUGAUCUCUCCUUCAACAACUUAACCGGACCAAUCCCGGAUUCGGAAGCUUUGCUGAGCCAGAAAACAGAGCAGUUUGCCGGAAAUAAUGACCUUUGCGGCAAACCGUUGAAGAAACUCUGUGCAAUUCCUUCUACACUGUCCACUCCUCCAAAUGUGACCUCAUCUUCUCCGGCCAUUGCAGCCAUUCCCAAAACACUCGACUCAAACCCAGAAACCAACACUUCCGGAACGCCAAGUAGUAUACAGACCAAAAGCCAAACCGGGUUAAAACCAGUUAUGAUCACCGGAAUAAUAGUGGGGGACUUAGCCGGUAUAACCAUCAUUGGACUGGUCAUUCUCUACGUCUACCAAGUCAGGAAGAAGUCAAAGAACAACCCCAACUCAACUUCCAAUUCACCAUCCGACCUGGAGAAGAAGCCAGACAUGGUCACUAAAUUCGACGCAGCUGCAACAAAACCAUCUGCAUGGUCGUGUCUUACAAUCAAAGGAGAAGAGACGUCGGAAGCAACCAGCUCAGACAGCGACCACGACGAGCAAUCAAUUGAGCAAACAAAUCUAAGCGGCGAAAACUCAAAGCGUGGUGUGCUUAUAACCGUGGACGGAGAGCCGGAGCUUGAUCUAGAGACAUUGCUGAAGGCCUCGGCGUAUGUUUUGGGUGCGAGUGGUCCGAGCAUUGUGUACAAGGCAGUGCUGGAAGACAAGACGGCGCUUGCGGUGAGGAGGAUUGGGGAGAGUGUGGUGGAGAAGAUGAGGGAUUUCGAGAACCAAGUGAGGGCCAUUGCGAAGAUGAGGCACCCGAAUUUGGUGAGAGUUCGUGGGUUUUAUUGGGGAGAAGAUGAGAAGCUUGUGAUAUAUGACUAUGUCUCCAAUGGCAGCCUCGCCGGAACCAUUAACAGAAAAGCAGGUUCAUCUCCAUACCAUCUGCCUCUAGAAGUUCGGUUGAAGAUAGCGAGAGGUAUUGCCCGGGGGCUAGGCUACAUCCACGAGAAGAAAAAUGUGCAUGGAAAUAUAAAACCAAGCAACAUUCUUCUAAACUCGGAUUUCGACCCUGUAAUCAGCGAUUUUGGCCUUGACAGGCUGAUGUUGGGUGGAAUGAUCAGUCACAAAGGUAGCGGUUCUGCCCGAGGGUAUUUCGGAAGCCUAAAGUCCGCAGGGGGUCGCGAAGGUAUGAAUGAUAUGCUACUCCCUGUUGCCGGCAGCCCCAUUGCGACAUCCUCUGCCGGAGGUGCAUUGUCGCUCUAUCAAGCCCCGGAGUCAUUGAAGAACUUGAGGCCGAACCCCAAGUGGGAUGUGUAUUCUUUUGGUAUAGUUUUACUAGAGCUUCUCACGGGUAGGGUAUUUUCGGAAAGGGAGUUGGCGGACCAGUGGACCGCCGGUUCGCUGAUGGGGGAGAAAAACCGGGUUUUGGUGAUGGUCGACAUGGCGAUUAGGGCUGAAGUGGAGGGUAGGGAAGAUGUAUUGCAGGCUUGCUUGAAGCUUGGGUUUAGUUGUGCUAGUUUUGUCCCGCAAAAAAGACCAACCAUGAAAGAAGUCCUCCAGGUGCUAGAGAAAAGUAUUUCUUCGUGCCAAUAAUAAUGUAUUUCGAGGUGUCUCAAAAGUAAAAGUGGUGUUAUGUAAAAGGAUUUGCUUUGUUGACUAGCUAGCUACAAUGUUUGAUGGAAAAAGCAUAAGAUAUUAAGAUUAAUGUUGUUCAUGUAGUUUAAUAAGCUAUGUGAGAAAAAGCGAUUGUAUUUAUGUUUGCCUGGUGCCCUGGUCAAUCAAAAUUGAUCAACAAAUUAAACAGUG